AACUAAGGGAAGAAGAAGAAGGAACCGGGAGCCGUAGACAGUAGAGAGUCUUGAGAGCGGAGAAGCGGCGAGUGACGUUACAUUUCACCAUUAUCUUCUUUUCACUAUUUUAUAUAAUUGCGUAACAUAAAUAAGACAGCAUCAAUAAUAAUAAUUCCACUUCCGUCUCUCUCUCUUUCGGCUAUCAUCAAACCAAACAGAGAGACAAAACUUAAACUCUUUAUUUUGCUUUUCAUGGUAAAUUUGUAAAUUUUGGUUUCUGAAUUUUGAUCUACCGAAGGCAGAUUUCUCUUCCUCUCUCCUUCACAUUCGCCGUUUUCACUUCAGCAAGAUCCAACUCACUCAAGGAGAAGACAUGAUAGAGUGCAGUGAAUGCCACUCGAAAAUCUCAGCAAAUAAUAAUAACAGUAAAGCAGUAGCGAGAGCAUACGAUAGACAUAGAAGCGAUGUGUCGUCUAAAGCACGCGUUCUUAAUCUUCUUUUGGUCGGUGGUGAUUGCAUCUUUGUCGGUCUCCAGCCUAUAUUGGUGUAUAUUUCAAAGCAUAAUGGGAAUUUCGAUUAUAGUCCUAUAAGUGUUAAUUUCCUCACCGAGACUGCAAAAGUUUUUUUUGCAAUCUUCAUGCUCUUGAUCCAGGCUCGACAUAAAAAGGUUGGGGAGAAAUCUCUUCUUUCUUUCUCUACCUUUGUCCAGGCUGCUCGAAACAACGUGCUUCUUGCUGUUCCAGCUUUCCUAUAUGCUAUUAACAAUUAUUUGAAGUUUACUAUGCAGCUUUACUUUAAUCCUGCAACGGUGAAGAUGCUGAGCAACCUGAAGGUUUUGGUGAUUGCUGUGUUGUUGAAGGUGAUCAUGAAACGGCGAUUUUCAAUCAUUCAGUGGGAAGCUCUUGCUCUAUUGCUCAUUGGGAUUAGUUUGAAUCAGUUACAAUCUCUGCCUGCAGGCUCCACUGCAAUGGGUCUUUCAGUUGCAACGGGGGCAUACUUGUACACACUAAUUUUUGUUACUGUUCCAUCAUUCGCAUCAGUCUACAAUGAGUAUGCUUUGAAGAGUCAAUUUGAGACUAGCAUAUACCUUCAGAACCUUUUCCUGUACGGGUAUGGUGCCAUAUUCAACUUCCUAGCCAUUCUUGUGACUGCCCUAUUUAAAGGUCCAAGUAGCUUGGAUAUACUACAUGGGCAUUCAAAAGCUACCAUGCUGUUGAUAUGUAAUAAUGCAGCACAAGGGAUUUUAUCUUCUUUCUUCUUCAAAUAUGCAGAUACAAUUUUGAAAAAGUACUCGUCAACAGUAGCAACAAUUUUUACUGGAAUAGCAUCUGCUGUACUUUUUGGUCAUACCCUGACUAUGAAUUUUAUCUUAGGAAUCUCUAUCGUGUUUAUCUCCAUGCACCAGUUCUUUUCACCACUUUCGAAGGUUAAGGAUGAACCACAAAAUGGUAGUUUGGAAACGGUUGAUGGUCAGAACAACCAGAGAUCUAAGGAUUCAUCCUUCAUAAAUAUGGCAGCUGGAGCAAAUGACGAUGUGAGAAGUUUCAUGUUCAAUUCUGUUAAAAUAGUCUUUCUGAGAUUUCGAUUGAUGAAUGUAACAUCUUGUUUUGCUAUUUUCCAUCCAGGCUAGUCAUCGUGUUGAACAUGAUGAGAAGGCACCACUACUUCCCAUCUAGAGUUUGCAGUGGGUAUGGAUCCGCACUAUUGUUUUCUGAUGCUGUAGCUAACAACUAGUAGACUUACCUUCCCUCCACAAAGACAAGGCUCCCGUAACUAUUAAUAUUGCAUGGAAGCACAGAUGAUCUGCCAAUAAAUGAAAUUCCCCGACUCUGUUCGUUUGGUCCAGCUGGCAACUACAAGAGCUAGGGACCUUAGAUGUGCUGUUUUCCCUUGGGAAAGUAGGUAUAGAAGAAUUAAAUGAACCUGUGCACAAAAUAGACAACACGUGGUGCCUUGCACUAAUAGAAGAACAAUUCAUGAAGCUGUUCUCUUAGGUUGUCUACCUGAGUUUGUUUA